CCAGGUGGCGCAGCCUCCUCCGGCCAGCAGCGUUCCUAAAAAGGUGCUUCCGAGCUUCACCUUGGAAGAGCUGCAAACGAUGCCCAUCAGCAAGCUGAAGAAUCAUUGCUUGCAGUAUGGCAGGAUGCCGCACGGACCGGUGGAGCGAACGGACUUGGUGAACUUGCUGAAGCCCUUCGCAACAGGUGCCCGGUCCACGCUGACAACAGCUCCGGCCACACUGCCGGGCGCGGUGCCAGCGCCGGCGUCAACGGCGGCGUCGACGGCGCCGGCGGCGAAGCCGGAGGGUGAUGGCUUCAGUUUGGAGGAGCUGAAAACCAUGAGCAUGAAAAUGCUCAAAACGUUCUGUUUGCGACAUAAGGUGAUGCCGCACGGACCGGUGGAAAAAUGUGACCUGCAAAAGGCUCUGGAGCCUUUCGCGAGAUGAGCGGAAAA